GCACGUGACCAGACAUGUAAUGCAGCAGUAUAUAAACUCAGCAACAAUGUGGCAGCUCUACAUACAAAGACACACACAAAGACAGUCUUUGCAGAAUGAGGGUUUUGCUUGUUGUUAGCGCUCUCGUGGCUCUAACCAGUGCUGCCAGCAUCUCUCUGGAACACCUGGAGUUUCAUGCCUGGAAGCUGAAGUUUGGUAAGAUCUAUAAGUCUGUGGAAGAGGAGUCUCAGCAUAUGAAUACAUGGCUCGAAAAUCGCAAACUGGUCCUGGUACACAACAUGUUGGCUGACCAGGGCAUUAAGAGCUACAGACUUGGCAUGAACUAUUUUGCAGAUAUGAGUAACCAGGAGUACAGAGAGUCUGUGUUUAAGGGCUGCCUGGGAUCCUUCAACAGCACUAAGAGGGACAGUGCAGUUACAUUCCUCCGACAGGCAGGAGGAGCUGUUCUGCCAGAUACGGUGGACUGGAGGGUCAAGGGCUAUGUGACUGAGGUUAAGGACCAGAAGAAUUGUGGCUCUUGCUGGGCCUUCAGUGCGACAGGGGCACUGGAGGGUCAGACAUUCAGGAAAACUGCUAAACUGGUGUCACUCAGUGAGCAGCAGCUGGUAGACUGCUCUUGGGUAGUUGGUAACAUGGGCUGUGAAGGAGGCUGGAUGGACACGGCCUUUGAAUAUGUGAAAGAAAAUGGAGGACUGGACACAGAGUACUCUUACCCCUAUGAGGCCGAGGAUAGGUUUUGCAGAUAUAAUCCAGCCACUGUUGGAGCAAUCUGCAAUGGCUAUGUGGACAUAUGGUAUGAAGAUGAGAAUGCUUUGCAGGAAGCUGUGGCCACCAUCGGACCCAUUUCUGUCGCCAUAGAUGCAGGCCACAUAUCCUUCCAGCUCUAUGAAUCAGGUGUCUAUGAUGAACCUGACUGUAGCAGCACUGAGCUUGAUCAUGGGGUCCUAGCUGUUGGUUAUGGCACAGAUUAUGGACAGGAUUUCUGGCUGGUCAAGAACAGCUGGGGCCUAAACUGGGGUAAUAAUGGCUAUAUCAAGAUGUCAAGGAACAAGGGCAACCAGUGUGGCAUUGCCACAAAAGCCAGCUAUCCUCUGGUUUAAAGUUGUGAACAAUAAAGGAUAAUAAUUAUGAGACAGGCAGGAGAAAACCAAUAUCUUCGUGAAUAACUAAAGAGGAUGCUGCAGUCUGCAGAAUGACUUCAUGACUUGAUCAUCAACAGGAAUUUUUUCCAGGAAUCACAACCUCGCAUUUCUAUACAAAUACAGUACCAAGUGUCAAUACCUCAAACUAAUCUGUAAUUUCUAUGGGAUGGUGGAAAAUAUGGCAUAAAAAUGUAAAAAAAAAUAAAAUAAAAUAAAUGUGAAUUUAAUUAAAACUGUUUUAUAAUGUAUAAUAGUGUGGUCAUGAUGUUUGUUAGUAAUAAAUGAAAAUGAGCGAACCACUGCAAGGGAAUAGAUGCUCAUAAAAUAUACAGUGGCACUGGCAUAAAUUUUUUAGCAUAAAAUUUGGUCACUUCCGGUUUUAAAUAGGAUUUCAAUGUACAAUGAUGAGCCUGUAAUCUGUGAUGUUAAAAUUUUUCAUAUUUGAUGUACUUCUGCAGAUAGAUAAUAGCAAAGUGUCUGUAAUUGCCACUAUAAAUAGUAUAAAUAAAGGAAACAGAAGAGCCUAGGAGAGCAUUGAGUGAGGAUAGUCACUUUAAUGUAUACUUACAUGUAAAAAUAAAUCUGCUGCUUAGCUAUUUUAUCUGUAAGGAUAAAAUAAAAACUACAGCUUUGGGAACCUCUGGCCAAAUUACAUAUUUUUUAUUUUUAUUUUUGAAGUAGAAUUUUUGUAAAUGAAAAAGAAGUAAACACAACCACAGCAGCAACCUACUAAAAAGG